AUGGCGCUGUCAACAUUUGCUGCGAAGGGGCUGGAGUAUGCUGAGAGGGGCUCAUGCAUACUCUACGGUGCCGGUUAUUUCACAGAGGAAGAAUGGGUGAAGCUAGAUGCUCUACUUCAUAAGGGGAAAUAUGUCUUCACAAAUGGGCCACAGACUCCACCUCUCAACAUUGUCGACUAUUUAGAUCCCAGAAUACACUCAACGAAGAACGACGCAGGAGCUUUCCCUCAGAGCGAAGCCGAUGAACCACUGUUGGUAUUCGACGAGUUCCCUCAGAACAAGCCAAGAGAAGCAAUCGUCUCGGUUCCAUCGAUUGAUAUAUCUACAGAAGACACUGUGAGCGGGAACAACAGGGUAUUGGAAGCUGAGAUUACUCCACCAGACUCCCAACACGAAAGGUCCCCUACGUGUAUAAGCCAACAGGGAGAGUAUAAUACUUUCGCAUCUUCAUUCAAUGAAGAUAUUUGCACGGAAGAUGAGGCCACCUUGCCAGCCAUUAUUGGUGAGCCAGUUUAUAUCAACAAUGAGCAGACUCCGGAGGAACCCGACCAAUCCGUGAGAAGUAUAUCCAAGGAAACACGUGGUAAUGAACUUUCAUCAACAUUACCAGCAGGCGUCACACAGGCACAGCUUGAUGAAGCAAGAUCAUUUCGUAAGAGCAUCGGGGGGAUUAGUGACUGGGCAUCGGAGGUGAACGAAGAAACUACCAAACAUGUAGUCACUCCCGAAAGCCCCCUUUCAGCAAGCUCAGCCAUAAAAUACAAGGUAUCGGCAUGUAGUCGGAGAAGUCCAUCGCAGCCACAGAAAGCUCAGCCGAAUUUGAAAUUGUCUCAAGCUGAGAUCGAACACCGUAUUGGUCUGUUCACGCAGCAUUUUGGACACGCUCCAAAGGCAAUUACGGACUACUACCAACCUUACAACCCUGAAUUUAACCCGUUUUGGCUAGCAAACCCAGGCACCAAUGCUCCUGUUGCCCCCAGGAAAUCAAAUCCCCGUUCUGUUUCCUUCUCAUCAGCUGCUCCUGGGCCACGAGUCACGAAGACGGACUCAUCCGCCUAUCUGGGCAAAUCUUUCAUGGCAACAAAAAGUUUCAAACCACUACCAGGGGAUUCUGCCAAGCUCGAGAUUGAUUGUGGCAAUUGGAUCGAUGUCAUCAAACAUGUUUCGGGCAAUGAAUAUCGGGGAAUCAAUAAGAGGACCGGCCGUUCUGGCCACUUCAAUCUUGCCUUGAUCUUCAACAGCAUCGAUGCCACCAGUAAGAUAUUCGACGGUAGUAAAACAAAUACGAAGAAAGAUGAUGGCUUUUCAAUGGAUGCAUUAGAGAGAAGUAAUGCUGCGGAAUGGGAGGAUGAUGACGAUGUUCAAUCGACACCGACUGAGCCACAAAGUACAUCAAAUAACGGCACAGCUAGGCAGCGAGUAGGUCGUCCACGUAGUUCUAGAUUUGCCGCUCUAGCUGAUAUUGAUCACCAAAGCGUCAGUGAGAGCUCUGAAAUGGCGUCUACAGUUUCCAGUCAAAAAGAUAGACAGAAUGGAGCCGUAGUCGGGUUGCAAAGCUCAAAAGAUGCAAUGGAUGAUAAUAAGAACUGCCAAAUCACGGAAUAUCGUCCCAGCAAAUCAAAAAAUAGUUUACCAAACGAGGGUAUUAUGCCACGAAAACCCACCAGAGAGUUGCUCCGUAAACCGGCCUACGAAAUCGUUGUUCCAAAGACGGAAGUCUGUUACUUUUGGGAAUUUGGAGAUCGCUGUCGUUACCUCGAAGAGCAAUGUCGCGACCUCCACGAAGAUCGCGAAUUUACCCUCCAAACCAACGUACGAUACGGCAAACCCAAUCCUGGACCCCUUUUCGACGUCGUCCAUGCGAUUCCCUCUUUUCUCUCUGGCGAAUCACACAAGUCUGCUCGUGACCCUUCUACCAUGGUUGGAAAACGAUUCACGUGUUUCUUUUGGCAUCAGAGCACAUGUCUCGCUAGUGAUAAACAAUGUAACUUUUUACAUACUUAUGUGGGAAGUGAGGGGAUUCUACAUAAGGAGGUACAGGUACAAGCGUAUAAGAAUAGAAACAGGAAGUUACUCGUCAAGCCGAAAUUGACAGAAGCGGAUAAAAUACAUCAGGCUUCUUUGGCUGCUCAAUGGGCAACCGAUGACUCUGGGAAAAUCGCGACAUCGGAAUUGACAUCGGGUUCGGGGUCGGGAUGGGUAUCUCCCGUGAGAGAGGAGAGGUCUCUUGUCAAUGCGGAGGAACGCACGUCACUUUUGGGAGCCUUGGAAGCUGGAGCCGUAGAAUCUCAUGAGGAGCAGGGAUAUGUUGAUGAGGAUCCAUUCGAGGAUAGUACACUCAGGAAAGAGCCGUGGAUGUGGUAA